AUGGACUCCUUCCGCCCCCAUCUCACAGCCACAACUGCAUUUGUGGUCCUGGUUGUGAUUGUGAUUGCGACACUGGUAAGAAACUACCGGAACAAAGGUCUCUGUAAAUAUCCAGGUCCUUUGCUCGCCAACUUCACCGACGCAUGGAGAUUCUUCAGCGUUCUCCGCGGCAAGUCGCAACUCACACUGCGGACGCUACAUGACCAACAUGGACACAUUGUUCGACUCGGUCCCAAUUCGCUGUCUUUCAGCAGCCCGGAGGCUCUCAAGGCAAUCUACGGGUUGAACAAUCGAUUGAUGAAGAGUGCAUUCUACCCGGUGCAAAUGCAGUUGGCGAGAGGGGAGGUGCUCCAGUCAUUGUUUGGAACGCAAGAUCAAGAUUACCAUGCCAAACUUCGACGGACGGUCAGCAAUGCCUUCUCCAUGACCUCGAUCGUCCAAUAUGAACCCCGAGUCAACGAUACCGUGAGAGUUUUCCUUCAGCGGACCCAAGAACUCUACGCGAAGCCGGGAGUACAGUGCGAUUUCCUCCACUGGCUCCAAUAUUUCGCCUUUGAUGUCAUCACCGAGAUCACAUACAGUCGAAGAGCCGGAUUCGUGGACAGGUGCGAAGAUGUAGACGGCAUCAUUGCCUGGCUGGACAAGAUCUUUGACUACCAGGCACCCGUGGGCCAGAUGCCUUGGCUCGACAAGUUGUUUGUCAAAAAUCCAAUUCGAGCACUGCUGAGUAAACAUGGGUUCAUCGACAACUCAUCUGGCACGGCGAAAUUCUCCCGGGCGAGGAUGGCCGAGCGGUUGUCGGGAGCAUAUCAAAAUGACAGCAUGGACCUUUUGACCAUGUUUCUCCAGGCUCAGAAGGAACACGCCGACUUCUUCGACGACGGACGCCUCCUCACCAUGACGACCUCGAUUGCCCUUGCUGGGUCUGACACCACCGCAAUCACCCUCGCCGCGGUCUUUUACUUCCUAGCCAGAUAUCCCAAGUGCUACCAAAAGCUCGACGAUGAGAUUGAAGAGGCCAUGAAAACGGGGUUGAUUUCAGACACCGAAGGCAUCAUCACUUGGAGCGACGCCCAGAAAUUGCCAUAUCUCCACGCUUGCAUCCAAGAGACAUUUCGCAUGCAUCCAGCCAUCGGCAUGAUCUUGGAGCGAGUUGUCCCACCGCAGGGCCUGGAGAUUUGUGGCGAGUUCAUUCCUGGAGGGACCAUCGUCGGCUGCAACCCGUGGGUUCUGCAACGCCAACCGGACGUCUUUGGUCAAGACGUCGACGUCUGGAGACCCGAGCGAUGGUUUAUAGAUGCCACCGAAGCUGCCACCUCGGAGGAACAACGGCUGAAAAGAAUGAACAAUGCCAUGUUCCAAUUUGGUGGCGGAACGCGGACCUGUCUCGGCAAGCAUAUUGCGCUUCUGGAAAUUUACAAACUGGUUCCCAGCUUUCUGCGGCGAUUUGAGAUUCAGCCAACUGAUGACGAGGAGUGGGAUUUGCACACGGCGUGGUUCGUCAAGCCGAGGAAAUUUGAUGUCGUGAUUACAGCAAAGAAGAAUUGUGUGACCGAGCGAUGA